AUGGGUUCCGUGGGAAAGCCGCUCUAUACGGCAUCGUUCGCCUUCUUUGAAGCAAUCUGGGAGGCGGGUAUCACUCACUGCUUUGUCAAUCUGGGUUCCGACCAUCCGUCCAUCAUAGAAGCCAUCGUCAAAGGGCAGAAUGAGAAGAAAGGCCAGUUUCCGCGCAUCAUCACUUGCCCCAAUGAGAUGGUGGCCAUGUCCAUGGCAGAUGGCUACGCGCGCCUAACAAAUAAGCCGCAAUGCGUCAUUGUCCAUGUCGACGUCGGCACCCAAGGCCUCGGCGCCGCUGUCCAUAACGCCAGCGCUGGGAGAGCCCCUAUCCUGAUCUUCGCCGGCCUAUCUCCCUACACCAUUGAUGGUGAGUAUCGUGGGUCGAGAACCGAGUAUAUCCACUGGAUCCAAGAUGUGCCCGACCAGAAGCAAAUAGUGGCGCAGUAUUGCCGGUACACGGGCGAGAUCAAGCGAGGGGCAAACGUCAAGCAAAUGGUCAACCGCGCCUUGCAGUUUGCAACCAGUGACCCCACAGGACCAGUCUAUCUUUAUGGCGCACGGGAGGCGAUGGAGGAAGACAUUGAGCCUUAUCAGCUGCAGCAAGAGGUCUGGCAAGGCGUCGCUCCAGCUGCGCUCCCCAAAGAGGCUGUCGAGUUGGUCGCAGACCAUCUGGUCAAGGCCCAGAAGCCGUUGGUGAUCGUUGGCUUCACUGGUCGCAAGGCGUCCUCGGUCGCCGCACUGGUAGCUUUGGCAAACAAGAUUCCGGGACUGAGGGUACUGGACACUGGUGGAUCCGACAUGUGCUUUCCAGCUAAUCAUCCGGCGUCCCUUGGAUUGAAGUACGUCAAUGAGGAGGUCAUCAGCGAAGCAGAUUUCAUCUUAGUUGUGGAUUGUGAUGUUCCAUGGAUUCCGACACAACGCAAGCCGAAGCCAGAGACAAAGGUUAUCCAUCUGGACGUUGACCCAUUGAAGCAGCAGAUGCCCGUCUUCUACAUUCAAGCCUUUGCCAGGUUCAAAACAGACUCGACCACGGCGUUCAACCAGAUUAUUGACUUUCUGGCGGCAAAUUCCGAAGUGUCCACCACGCUGUCUGACGACGCUCACAAAGCUGCUGGGGAGAGGCGACAAAAGAGCUUUGACGAAAGACAAGCAAGUGUCAAGGCCAAGGCGAAUCUGCCAUCAGAUCACGAGUCUCCUAUUAACCCUCACCUCAUGGCUGCCCAGGUCAGAUCAGCAGUGCCCGAAGACACCAUUUUCGCUGUUGAAGCCGUCACAUUGACCGGCUUCAUUGCUGAUCAACUUGCUCCUGUCCUACCAAAGACCUGGAUCAACUGCGGCGGCGGUGGCCUCGGCUGGUCAGGAGGUGGUGCUCUGGGUAUCAAGCUUGCAACUGAUUACGAGCACCGCAAUACAGAGUCUGGAGACAAGUUUGGCACCAACAAAGGCAAGUUCGUCUGCCAGGUAGUUGGCGACGGUACAUACCUGUUUAGCGUCCCGGGAUCCGUCUACUGGAUCGCGCAAAGAUACGAUAUCGCAGUCCUGACGAUCGUACUGAACAACAAAGGCUGGAAUGCGCCCAGGAAGAGCAUGUUGCUCGUGCACCCUGACGGCGAGGGAAGCAAGGUGGACAAUCGGGCCUUAAACAUCAGCUUCGACCCAACACCAGAUUAUGCCGGCAUUGCGAAGGCAGCAAGCGGAGGCAGAGUGUGGGCUGGCUGCGUCAGAACGGUGAAAGAGCUACUCGAAGAGCUGCCAAAGGCCGUCGAAGCAGUGAAGGGUGGCAGAUCUGCGGUGCUGGAGGUGCAGCUGGAACCGGAACAGCAGACUAAGAUUUAUGGGAAGGAUAUGGAGAAGUCGGCGACGUAG